AUGGAGAUCCCGCGACCUGACGGAGCCGAUGUGAAUAUCGGAACCGACGUUAUUAGAGCUUGCUGGGUGCUUACCGGAUUCGUCGGCGUCGUCCUGAUUUUCAGAUUCGCAAUGAAAGCCUGGGUACGAUGGGGAUUGCCACAGGUCUCAGCACCGCGGAUAUGGGGAUUGGAAGAUGUGUUCUUUGGCUUUGGAUUUGUGACCGAUAUCUUGCACAUUAGUUUGAUACAGAAAAGCUAUACAUGGGGUUUGGGACGACAUUUCUACUACCUAUCUGCUGAGGAGAAGAUACAAGCAUUGAGAUAUGACUACGCCUCACAGCCGUGCGCUGUCGCGGCUGCCAUGAUAUCAAGAACGGGAAUGAUGUGGUUUCUCCUGUCGUGCUUUGCUCAUAGCAACCGGCGAUUGCGCAUUUCUAUAAUUGCAUGUAUGAUCAUCCAGAUCAUUGUCAACUCGAUCACGAUUGUUCAGAUAGCAGUGCAAUGCGGACCAUAUCCGUAUCGACCUGCGGACCGGACGAGGUAUUUUCACUACAUGUGGGAUCCCCUUCCGUCUGAUGGAUCGGUGAAAUGUCAAUCACCAAACGUGCAGACAACAAUUGGAUACGUACAGGGAGGAUUCAACACGGUCAUUGAUCUGUAUCUCGCUGUUAUUUCGGCAUUUGAACUCUGGCAGUUCUUCCUACAAACGCUACACCGCAAUCCUGGAGUCUCUGUCUGGACACAAUUCGGCAAGAUUAGCCCUAAUGUCCGAUCGCGCCGAAUAUGGCAGACGCUGACUCUUUCUGGACCGCUUAUUCUCUCAGGCGCGGCGUCUAUUGUCAAAACCUAUCUCCUUCAAUCACUGGGCAAUAGAUCUGAUUUUACUUACAACGUCGUCUCGUUCAUUCUCUGGGUUAAAAUAGAAAACUAUGCCAUUCUCAUCGCCACUUGCGCACCAGUCAUCCGUCUCUUCCUACGAACCUUUGUCGACAUGCGACGCGAUGGCGGCUAUCCAUGGAGCCGAUCGCAUUCCAGCAACAACCAGAACUACUCAAACGACGAAAACAGCGCUGAACAGCACGAAUUGAAACCUCGAGGCUUCAACAGAAAUAGUCGGCGAGAUCCAGACAAAUCCCUCUUCGACGACAGCUGCCUACUCACAACGUAUAACGACGAAGUCGGAAACGGAAUCCAACGAACGGGUAUUCCUCCGUCGAGCAUCGACAAUAACAACGCAAUGAUUGCACGUGGUGGGAAUAACCCUCGAAACACCGGUGGUGUUGCUGUGACAGUGAAAACCGAUAUUGUCGUUGAAGUCGAUGAGGAAAUGAGUAUCCGUUCGCCAGUAAACGAACAUGUCGGUCCUUCAUCGCCGAGAGAGAAUAGCCAGAAUCGUGCUUCGACUUACUCCUUCAAGUCUCCUGUCUAG